AUGACAUAAAAUGAUUCUGAAGCCACGAAACUAAAUAAUGAAAUCCUUACAGGAUCAAAGAAAAUAAUUAAAAAAUAAGGACACUGGAAUGAAACAGAACAUAAAACUUAUCUUAACUUUCUCUAAGAAAAUAAAAAUCACACCAAAGGAUAAAGAUUAUUUAAGAAAAUGAGUUAAGUUGUAGGCACAAGAACUCCAAGUUAGUGUAGGUAAUAUUGAACUCUAUAAGAUCGCAUCAUCAAAAAUUCAAUCCAUAAAAGACAAGAUGCUAGUCAGAAACGGGUAUUUUAAGAUCUAAGUAAUAUGCUAGAAAAUAUUUUGCUUAACAAAGAAUUUUAGAACAUGAUAGUGAUUGA